CUGUCGCUCGCGCAGCUCAGCUUGGAUCGCGCGGCGGAGAUUCUGGAAACGGGCGACGCGGACGCGUCGGACGUGGUCUUUAAGCUCUCGGGCGCUGCUACGAUGGCGGACAACUGUCAGGGCGCGUUCGAUUUCGUGCGGCGGACGGAGGACGCAGCAGCGGGGGAUGGCGGAGGAAGCGGGCGGUAUGGCAUGACUGCGCAAGUGCGGGAAACAGCAGCGGGGCUUCGGAAUUCCAAUGUGGCGCUCCAGCAGCAGACCCUCGACCUGCAGCAGAUGGCAGCUGCUGCUGCAGACCCAGACAACGAUGCUCCUUCAGAUUCGUCGAAUGACGUGGCGCCACCACCCCCAUCCUCGACCCAGGAGGACGUGGCGGUCCCAGCCUCUCCCAGCGGGAACGACCAGAGCACCAGUGAAGGGGGGCCACGUGGCAGCACAGUAGAAUCAUCGCCGGUCAACGGCCAGGAUGGUGCCGCGGCAUCUGACAGUCGAUUGUUGGCCGAAUCGUGGCCGUACAUGAUGGGAAGCGUUGAGGGAGAGGUGGGGAGGAGAAGGAGGAGGGUGCAGGAGGGGGUGGUUGCUGGGGAGAGAGGGGGAGAAGACUGGGGUGUAGAAGAUGGGGGGGAUAUUGAGAAGGAGGCGGGAGGAGUUGAGGGGGAACAAGUGGAAGGAGGAGAGGGCGGGGAGGGGGAAAAAGAGAUGCUAGGAGGGGUAGUGGGAGAGGCAGGGGGAGGCGAAGAAGGAGAACUAGCGGGGGAGAUAGUGGGAAAUGAAAAGGAUACGAGUUCUCAAGACCCAUAUUCGGACCUUGAUCCUUAUGUGGGCCCCACUGAAUCUUCCUCUGACGUCUCUGACGACGUGGAAGGCCAAGCUUCUGACGUGGAAGUCCCCCCUGCUGACGUGGACAACCCCACUGCCAGCGCAGAACCAGCAGAAACCGAGGGCCAGAAACGCACUCCUUCCUCCCCUUCCUACUCCUCCCUCCUACAAGCCAACGGCACUGCUGACCCCCCAACCGCACCCCCCUCUUCCCCCCCGCCCACCCCUCCUCCUCCUCCCCCCAAAAAGCCCCCAACGCUCCCCCCCGAUUGCCCCAAGCCCAUUGUGCGCCCUCCCCCGCUUCUUGCGCCCUUCUCCAUCCCCCGCCUUAUGCCAAACCUGGUGGUGGCACAGGAUGGGUCCGGGGACUUCACCACUAUCCAGGAGGCGCUUCUCGCAGCUCCCAAGAAGCCCAAGGGCCGAUUCGUGAUUCUCGUGAUGCCAGCUAUUGAGGGUGACUAUUUCGCAGCGGUCAACAUCCGAUUUGAGAACACAGCAGGCAAGAUCAACAACCAGGCUGUGGCGCUGAGGGUGUCGGCAGACCAAUGCGCGUUCCACAACUGCGAGUUCUGGGGCUUCCAGGAUACACUCUACACCCACAGCGGCCGUCAGUACUACAGCAACUGCUUCAUUACCGGCAAUGUUGACUUCAUCUUCGGAAACGCAGCUGCUAUUUUUGACAACUGCACCAUUCAAAUCCGCCAGCACACCAGUGGCGCCCCUGUUGCAGCCUCCAGCCGCCAAACCCCCACCGACCCCACGGGCCUCGUCAUCAUGAAUUCCCGGCUGCGAGCUAUGGGGGUUUCGGACACGUGUAGUGCCUUUCAUAGGAAGGGCACUCAAUCCCCAUGCGUGUGCUUUGCGCAAGCACAGGCAAGGAGUGGACUGCUGCAGUAG